AGACCAAUCUUAAAUGUCUUUGACUGUUCACAGGAAAGCACCCUAAAAGGAGCGCUCGCUUAUACUCGCUCUCUAUAAAAAGACGCUUAUUUUCUCGUUAACACAAAACUCUUUCACAGAUCUUCUCGUUUCUUUUAUGAUUAUCAUGACCAAGAUGGGCUUCAAACCCGACCCGAACCCGAUCCAGGGUAAUGCGAAAGAGAUUCGCUACAGAGGCGUGAGGAAACGUCCGUGGGGAAGAUACGCGGCGGAGAUCCGAGAUCCGCGUAAGAAAACUCGCGUCUGGCUCGGAACGUUCGACACCGCUCAGCAGGCGGCGCGUGCCUACGACGCUGCAGCGCGUGAGUUUCGCGGCGCCAAGGCUAAGACGAAUUUCCCGACGUCCCUCGAGCUUAACGUGAAUGACGGCGGUUACUCCCGUAGUCCUAGUCAGAGUAGCACCGUCGACUCCGCCUCUCCGACGGCGGCGAGAUUGGUUACACCUCCGCAGCUCGAGCUCAGCUUAGGUAAUGGCGGCGGCGCGUGUUGUCAGAUUCCCCUUGCGCGUCAUGUUUACUUCUUUAACAUGACGGCGUUCCCACUGGCUGCUACGUGUGGGGUCCAGAGCGAGUCUGAUUCGUCUUCGGUCGUUGAUUUCGAAGGUGGAGCUGAGAAGAAAUCUCAGCCGUUAGAUCUGGAUCUUAACUUAGCUCCUCCAGCGGAAUAGGCGGUGUCUAUAGUCUCUGAGGCGUCGCGUCUUUGCAAAUUAAGAGAGAUUGCGUUCUCCUAGUAGUUUUUUUUUUAAAAUUUAUUUUCUGUCUAAAAAUUAUAUCUUUCGUUUUUAGAAGAAAAUAAAGAAUAGUUAAAUAAGCUGACAUGUAAUGAUCGUUAUGUAUAUAUUAUCGACGUAUUAUAACAUAAGAUAUGAACUUAUGUUAUGGUCCUUUUUUUCUGCAACUGAUUUCUUAAUGUCGUUCAAGUGUCAAUCGAAAUGGCGAUUAAUUUUAAUAUUUCCGAGAGUA